UUCUUCCUUGUUCUUUUGCUUCCAAAUAACCGGUCGACUUCAGGGAACAAGUACAAUGUCCCAUCAAACGGGAAUACAAGCUGCUGGGGAAGUGAAGGACAUUUUUGCAAAGGCGAGGAAUGGGGACUAUCGACUCUUGAAGAUUGUGAUCAAGGAUGAGCAACUAGUGGUGGGUGGUUCUAAGCAUGCUGCAAAGACAUGGGAGCAGGAGUAUGACUCCUGUGUUCUUCCUGUACUGGAGGACGACCAGCCAUCUUACAUCCUGUACCGGCUGGACUCCACCAAUAAUCAGGGAUAUGAGUGGAUCUUCCUGGCCUGGUCACCUGACCAUUCGCCUGUGCGACAGAAAAUGCUAUAUGCUGCUACAAGAGCUACACUGAAAAAGGAAUUCGGAGGAGGACACAUUAAAGAUGAGAUUUUUGGCACCACAAAGGAUGAUGUGUCUCUAAGCGGGUAUAAGAAGUACCUGACCUCCCAAUCGGCUCCUCUCCCACUGACUGCCGCAGAAGAGGAGCUCAGACAGAUCAAACUCAGUGAGGUGCAGACUGAUAUAAGUUUGAACACCCAGCAUCAGACUCUCCAGGGUGUGGCCUUUCCCAUGCACCGAGAUGCCAUCCAGGCCCUGGAACAGUUCAGGGAGAAGAAGAUCAAUUAUGUUCAGCUCGAAAUAGAUUUUCAGAAUGAGAUUAUUAAAUUGUCCAGCACUGCUCCCACGGAAGUCAAAGAUUUGCCAAAACGGAUCCCGAAAGAUGCUGCUCGUUACCACUUCUUUCUCUACAAGCACUCCCAUGAGGGCGACUACCUGGAAUCUACAGUCUUCAUCUACUCUAUGCCUGGAUAUAAAUGCAGUAUCCGGGAAAGAAUGUUGUACUCCAGCUGCAAAAACCCCCUGAUUGACACAGUUGAAAACCAUCUUCACAUUGACAUUUUGAAAAAGCUGGAGAUUGACAAUGGGGACGAGCUGACCAACGAUUUCCUGUAUGAAGAGGUCCACCCGAAGCAGCACGCGCACAAACAGGCAUUCGCCAAACCGAAGGGUCCCGCAGGGAAGAGAGGGGGCCGCAGGAUGAUCCGAGCGCCUGGGGAUGGCGAGGAGGAUGAUUAAAUACCCCCCCUCCAUUUUUGGUCUAUAAUGGAACAUUCCACUUAGUAAUAAUCAGAAGCCAGCUUCCAAAUGAUUCCCGUAAACCCUUCUGAAACACGUUAAAUCCCAUCCACCCCUCACUGCCUAGAAUGGACUGUUCACGUAGAGGAAACACUAAGCCAAGACCCGAACAUGUAGAAAUGCAUUUGUAGCUUGCUGCACAGUAUGCUCGUGAAGUUAGAUACCCAAGAAUGUAUUUGCAAAGUGUCAGACAUGUAAGAUUUUUGCAUAGUUAGUACAGAGACUAGAGGUUAAAACCUAAAUGAUGCAUUCCUGGUUUUGAGGGUAUAAGUGUAAUGAGUGUGUCUGUGGUCAGUGCAUUCAGAAGCAUCCUAAUUAGUUUUUGUUUGUCAUGUUUUACAAAUAAGACCAACCUAAUUUUAACAUAGAUUUAUUGAACAUUAUAAUAUGAAAUACAGUGAAGUUCAGGAUAAUGCUCCUUGCAGUCUGUAAUUUUACAAAUUUUUUUAUAAUGAAAAGGACCCUGGUUUGCUAUAACCGUGGUUAACAGGACAUCUAUUUGCAGAGAAACUAUUUUUCUAUGCAUAUGCUAUACAUAGGGUUUGUGUUCUGUUUUAAAAGGAUUUGCACCGUGAAUUGAUUCUGAUCAUUUUGUUGACCGUAAGAAGGUUAGCUGGAGAGUGUCCACUUACACUCCUCCUCGUGCUGUGGAUACACCUUGCAUUUGCCAUAAAAUCGGAGAGCUGCCCUGCAGGCUUUCAGAUGGUGUCACUGCCGUGUGUAUGCUGCAGAGGAAUGGGCACUGAAUUCCAGAGUACGGUCUACCAUUAAAAAAACGAUUGUCUACUGAUUUUUACGCAAGGCACACCACUGUUCAGCAGCUUUUACUGGUAUGAGGGAAUACCUUUUUCAUUCAAAUGGAACUGUAGUAAAAUGAGUGAAAUGAGGAUGAUCAUG